AUGCAAGUCGCCUUGAUCACCGGUGGAGCCAGCGGCAUCGGCCUCGCCGUCGCCAAAGCAUUAACCGAUCGAGGCAACUGGACCAUCCACAUCGUCGAUCGAGACGCGCAGCGUGGUUCACAAACGGCCCAAGAUCUCCCCAACACAACAUACCACCAAGCCGACAUCACCGACUACGCCGACCUGGCAAACACAUUCGACCACAUCUUCACGAGCAGCGGUCGACGCCUGGAGUUUGUCUUCGCCAACGCGGGCAUCAUCGAGCGCACCAACUUCUACGAGAAGAAGCAGCCCGCCGCGACAGCGCCACAGCCGCCGGAUCUGCGCACCAUCCAGGUCAACCUGAACGGUGCCAUCUACACGACCCACCUCGCUCUCCACUACUUCCGCCUCUCCCCCGCCAACGGACACGGCGCUAGUCUGCUCAUGACUGCCAGCUGUGGGGGGCUUUACCCCUCGCAUUACUCGCCUCUUUAUACUGCCUCGAAAUACGGCGUGGUGGGGUUCAUGCGCUCAGUAGCCAAUGCCUGUUUUCGCGAGGGCAUUCGAAUCAACGCCUUGUGUCCCGGGAUCGUCCAGACCAAUUUAGUAGACGCACAAGGGUGGUCCGGGUUCCCGCCCAAUCUCUUCAUCCCAGUGGCUCAGGUCGCUGAAGUGGUCCUCGCUUUGGUCGACGGCGGGGAGAUGGUCGAUGCCACUGGGAAGCGCGUGUCGGAGGCAUAUGGCUGUGCGGUCGAACUCUCGGGGUCCAAAUACUAUUUUCGGGAACAGCCCGCGUACUGUGAUGCUGAGAUGGAGGAGGUGAUGCGGGCGACUGUGCUCGAUAACCAAGUGGGGGCUGUGUUAAAUGGCUAG